AUGUCAGCGGUGGGAAUAGAAUCGGAAUACCUGCGGGAUGUUAACAGUAUGUUACCGAAAUGGUUCAAACAUACCAGGAAUUUCAAAUGUGGCCGUAAAAUAAUUUGUGUUGACCAACUGUAUGGUUGGAGAGGAGGUGAUACAGGAUAUUAUGGUUCGGAAGAAUUGGAAGAUACACCAGACUUUCUGGAUGAAAUAGAAAUUCUCCCUGUACAAAAUGAAGUUAAGAAUGAAGAACUGGAGGUUCUUCGGAAGGAAGCAAAAGAACGAUUGGAGAAAGCGAGAGAAACGCAUCCUAAUUUUAACAUCUUAACUGACCGUGCGCCAACACCAGAUUUCAGUGUCACUUAUAUUGAAACAUCAUAUAGUACAGGCGAUGACUCAGUAAACAAAAGUCACCAGGUAAGCGUUGUUACUGCUACUGGUGAAAUGGAAAAGAUCGCUAUUGACGACGUUGCAAGCGAUGAAAACAAUAGUAACGAUUUUGGUGAACCGAUGGAAAACUGUGCUACAAACCUGACAUAUACUAUCGAAAAGAACGAGGAUAAUAAAGAUUUACUUUUGCUCACAAGUGAAGACCACGUGAGCAGUAGUGAAGGAUAUGAGCCUAUGCUAGAACCUAAAUUGGAUGAGACUUCCACUGCUCAGAAAUCGCAUGUAGCUAAGGGGAAUAUGAUGAAUCCAGUACAAGAAGAUCGGAAAGAGCAGCACAACAUUUCUGUACUUGGUUCUGAGCAUAAUGAUGAAACUGCUAAAAAUACAUUACGGCGGGAGAUCUUGAAUGAAGCGAUGGUAGUAGUUGAACAUCAGAUAUUGCAAACAGCUGAUUCGAUAAGUGUUCAUCAUGAUGAUGAAAUAUCACUGCAGUCGGCAAACCAAAAAGUUCUUGGAUGUCCCGCUCCUCUGCAAGCAACAUUUGAUUUAUCUCGUAUUGAUAAAGUUGAUUUGGCAGCUGGUGGGAAAAGUGAAAUUUCUCCAGUGAAGCCACGAGCUUCCCAGAUUUCUCGUUCUGAUUUAAUGGGGCAGAUGGAUAAUAGUAUUACACAUGCAAAUAUUUCACGUCCAAGCGAUCGAACUACCACUGUAUCUUUCAAAACACCUAAACAAUAUAUGAAGACAGCAAUAGUCAGAAAACAACCUACAAUUGUUACACCUUUGUUCAAGAAAAGAUCUAUUGCAUCUACAGCCUCACGUGGCACUAGUACUCCAAUUGAAGGGUCUGCUUGUUAUGUUUGUCCACGUUAUGAUGCCCAUCAUGCUGCUUUCGCUAGUCACGCUACACAGACAGGUUCUGGUACACCGAUAUGUACACCGAUAUUAUUGCAUAGUCGGAUUAUGCCUCAGAACGCGUUAACGCCAAUACGUCGUCCGUUAUCAUGCUCUUCACGCAUUUCCUGUAAACUAUCUACUGGAAAAGCUUCUAAACCUUCUCGGAUACCUGUACCGACUAGUGCAUUAAUGGCAAUUUCACAGUAUGGCACUCCGUCCCCUUCAUCAAGAUUAGUGCGAAUUGCAAAGGUUUUGGGCACUGAAGAACUGUUUGAAUACAUAGACAAAUAUCAGAUUGAUUUAGAUCCCCGAUUUAAUGAUAUCCUCGGACGGUU